ACAAACGGACUAUAAAAGGUAGAGAUGACAUGUAGGGAUCAUGUGAAGAACACGCACACAAGACAAACUUUUAUCUGUCUGCAGGACACGACUCCAUCAGAAUGCUUUUUGCCGCCAUCUUUGCUCUGCUUGCAACUUCUGCAGCAGCUGACUUCCUGCCUCUGUACUCGUACUCCCCGUCAGUGGGAUCAGGAAGUGGAAGCUCGUACACCGUCACUGGGCAGGGACGGAUCACUGCCGUCAGAGUCUGGGAAUACUACAGCGGCUACAUCAGAGGCGUCCAGUUCCGCUACGGCUAUAGUUGGUCCAACAUCGCCGGCUACACAUACGGAUACCCCCAUGAGAUGGAGCUGUACGACGGUGAAGCCAUCGUCCAGAUUUCUGGAAAAUACUCUCACUACCUGCAGACCAUCAUCUUCGUCACAAACCGAGGUCGCUCCCUGUUCGUGGGGCAGCCGUCCGGCACUUCCUUCAACAUGUACCCCGAACACCAGGAGACGGAGCUGGUCUUCAUCAGCGGACGCUAUCACGGAGGCCUCACCUCUCUGGGGGCCCACUGGGCCGUGGUCGACCCCACCUUCAACAUGACCGCCCACUAACUGACUAAAUAGUCGUUUAUGUUUGUUUUUAUUGAUUGUGAGCAUUUUCCGUCCCAAAUCACGAACUUUGAUCAUGUUUGGACAAAGGAAAGCAGUGAUUUAUCCUCUAAAGUGAAACAAAUAAAUGAAGCCUGUAAUGCAUUUGAUUUUAGUAAUCUUAUAAUAAUAUUUAAUCCUAUUGUAAUCUAAGACUCAAAUUAAAUAAAGAAUAAUUAAAAAGUUGA